AUGGUAAAUAAACACGAAUGCUUCUCUUUCCUCACUCUUCUAGAUUCAUACCUGCCCCUUUCAACCAAUCACAGAUCAAGCUUGGUUAACAGCACCCGGAGGCCUGAUGCCAUAACUUUCUUCAUCAUUGAGGGCCUUGCCGAUCUUGGCAAAGAAAAGAUGGUGCUUUUUGUCAUCCUCCUUCUGGGUUACAUGAUUAUCCUGGGAGGAAACAGUAUGAUUAUCUUUGUGGCGUUAACUGAUUCCAAGCUCAAAUCUCCCAUGUAUUUUUUCCUCUACAACCUCUCCUUUGUGGACAUCAUCUACACCACCUCUACCAUCCCCACUAUGCUGUCUGGCCUCUUGGCUGGCAUGAAAACUAUUUCUGUCCUGGGCUGCUUCCUCCAGAUGCAUGUUUUUAUCCAGUUGGCUGUAACUGGUCGGGCCAUCCUCACUGUCAUGGCGUACGACCGCUACGUGGCCAUCUGCAACCCUCUGCGCUACACCUCCAUCAUGACCAAGUCCGCCCGGGUGCUCCUUGUCGCAGGAGCCUGGAGCUUCGGUACCCUCUGCACGCUGCCGGCCACCUCCGUAGCUUUUCAGCGGUCUUACUGCGGCCCUAAUUUGGUUAAACAUGGCUGGUGCGACCCAUCAUCUGUUAGGCGGCUAGUGUGCGGAGACGUUACAGUAGAUAACAUUAUUUCACUGUCCUGUGCCAUGGUGGCACUUUUGGUCACAGGAGUCUUCAUCCUCACUUCCUAUAUCCUGAUUGGGGUUUCCAUAUUAAGGAUGGGAGUAGUUCAGAGGCUGAAGGCCUUUCGGACUUGUGCCGCCCACCUGACUGUGGUGUCCAUCUCUUACAGCUCGGCCUCCUGUGUAUACAUCUCCUACCGGGUGGGAAACAUUCCACCAGAGGUUCGAAUCAUCGUGUCAGUGUUGUACGCCGCUCUGACUCCUUUCCUAAACCCGAUGAUCUACAGUCUGAAGAACAAGGAGCUACGAGAGUCCAUUGGGAGAACUCUAAUGAGGUUAAGACCUGCUGUUGUGUUACCAACCAAAGACGUCAACACGGUGACCAAAUUGUCCUGACUAAGAGAGAAAAACUGCCAGAUGUGAAUAGAGAAGACUUUUUGUCAUGCACAAAAACAUAAUCAGAAAUUAUCGGAUGUUUAAGUUACAUUAAAGGUUAACAUUUAAGCAGUUAAUAACCUCUUUGAAUAACCGUUAUUUAAAAGCCAACUGUUAUUAAUCACAUUUGUUCAUAUCAUUGUAAUAAAAUACAUGUUUGUUUUAGUUCUUCAUAGAGUAUCCUAUGCGUCACCCUCGACAACAUCAACUUAAACCGGCAGUUACUCAUGACCGGAAUCAAACAAAGUGUGCCUAUUAAAGGGACAGACUUUAUUUAAACUGGGAGGUAUUUGGUCUUUAACUGGGUCUUUACAUUUAUUACAUUUCAUGUUUCUACUCCACCACAUUUCUAUCACAGAUAUAUCAACAGCUUUACAAAUUUAAUUUAAAUCUAAAUAAUUUGGCAUCCGUUAAACAAGAAUUGUAGAGUCAAAAUAUUAUUACAUUGUCAAACCUCGGGGCUCACAACCUUUUUUUGGUUGUGCCCCCUUAAAAAACGAUUUGCAUUUGUAGAUGGCCUUUUCUGUUUCUGCGUUCUUCAGUACUUUUUCUGUUUUUUCUUUUUUUUCCUCUACAACUCUUCCUCUGAUCACAUUCAGCAAUGCGGAACUUUUAAAAAUGGGUGAAUACACUGGUCAAACUUUUCCGUUUUAGAGAGUUUUUGGUUGGAGGUGUAGCAGCGCUUCUUGGGUUUGCCGGAUAUUCCGACGGAGGAAAUGAGCAGGAAGUGAGAGAGACGCUAAAACACAUCCCAACCUAGAAGCAGAAAUAGAUGGAUAGAUAGAUACUUUAUUAAUUCCCAGAGGGAAAUUUGUGUGUAGCAGCACUAAUACAGUAACUUAAAAAAAUAUAUAUAUAUUUACACAAUACAAUAAAAUAGCAGAACAGAACAUAUUACAUUACACUAACGUGAGAUAGAAGCAUGUACAGUUGGUUGCAAUAGAUCUAAAGUUAAGUUAGAAAAUUGAACUAAGACAGCAACGCAGUGGUUGUUGAUAAAAUUAGAGGAUUUAGCUAGAGAUGAUAUGUUGUACAGUCUUUUUGCAUUUGGCAGGAAUGUUUUCCUGUAUCUGUCCUCUUGACAGCACACCUGGAUCAUCCUGUUUGAGAAGGUGCUCCACUGUUCCUGCAGUAGGUGGUGAAGAGGGUGGUCCGGGUUGUACAAUAUGGACAAUAGUCUUUUCAUUGUCCUCCUCUCCACCACUUUCUGGAUGCUGCUGUUGGCAGCCAAUAAUGGAGCUGGCCUUCUUCACCAGCUUCUUAAGUCUGUUGGAGUCAGUGGCUCCAAUGCUGCUCCCCCAGCAGACAAUCACGAAAUACAGAGCACUGGCCACAACAGGCUACUACAACAUCUCCAACAUCUUGCUGCACACAUUGAAGGAUCCAAGUUUCCUCAAGAAAAAGAGUUGACUUGUCCCCUUCUUGUACACAGCGUUGAUGUUGGCCUUCCAGUUCAGUCGGUUAUCGAUGGAGACACCCAGGUUAAAAUUAAAAUCUGCGAAAGGAAUUAAAGUCCUGCUUUGACUGCACUGACUGGGGUGUUUUAAAACUGCUGCUACAGGUUUUGAUGAGGUAAUUGACACUCUGACAUAAAACAUGUUUUUUUUUUGACGACGUGUGUGUGCAGUCAAGACUGCAUUACAUUUCAAAUCACCUCGACUCACCAGGGAAAAAUGCAUGGGUCAUGUUCGGAUUACUUCACCUUGGCGUUCAACACCAUCAUCCCGGCAAUACUUGAACCCAAAAGUUUAAAUAUUUCUGUUGUUUGUUUUUUAAACAUAUGAAUACAUUCAUUUUGCUCUAAUAUUGCUAUUUAAUUCUGGUGACUCAGAAUAACUGACACUAUCCAACUUUUGCUCAAAGAAUGAACAACAGGAAGACUAAUCAUAAUUACUUGCAAACACAAAGAAUUCAGUCAUUAAAGUAAAGUACCAGCUUUAACAAUGCAACUCUAGUCAACGGGUUAAACAUUGGAAGCAGACAGCUGUUACCACGACAACAUGCACAAUUAUGUUUCUUGUGUUGUCUUUUCAGGUGCUUGUUUAGAACCACUGAGGUUACUUAAAAUGGGUCCCUUUGGUAUUCUCUGGCUUUCUUUUGUAUAAUUGAUGUUUUUAAUGAAAGGUCUCCGAUCUCUCUUUGAGCAAUUAAAAUUGUUUGUUCUUCCCAAAGUCCUCAUUAUAAUCAGUAAAAAGGUAAUUUGCCCUUGAAAAGGCAAAAUGUGGAUGUGAUGAAGUUCUUGUUUCUGACGAGACCUGACUGAGCAGCACAGUCUAAAUCACACAUUCAGGUAAGAUGAUGAUAUCUUAAUGUUUAACCAUGUCCUGAUUUAUGUACUUGUCAAUCUGAGGAUAGUGAUAGUGUGACUGAUAGUGUUGCAUUUUUAAGAGCAUUUCCAUAUGACUAUUGUCCUUUCUGAUGUCAAAAUGAGCUUGUGUUUUGAUGAAGUCACAUUUUUGCAUUGAAAUUAUUCUUUACCUAUCUGUUGACAGCAAAUCUUUCACAUCCACCCGUCUAUUCAUCUGUCUGCUGAUGAGAGAUGGAGCUUUUUACAUUUGAUUCUUCACCUGAAAGCCUCAGAGGUCUGUCACUUAAUGUUAUGAUGAUGUCUAGUAAAACGAAAUACAGUUUUACAAAUGAUGAAUAUGUCAGUAUGACAGUAUUAAAACUAUAUUUAGUUGUAAGCAGGAGAAAAGAGAUAAUAUUAUAAAUAAGAAACGUGUAUAACGAUGACGUUACACAAGUUCACAGUCUAAACUUAGUUUUUCAUGAAAAAAUAGUGUUUCAAGGUCAGUGACUUAAGAAAAAAACAUUUCUCCUUCUUCUUUAAGUCCGCGUUUUUCUCAGUGCUGAAUUUAUAAAAUGUAAUCCGUUUGCGUGAACACUUGAAAAAACUACUCUGAUUCCUGAAUGUUGAACUGUAAACUGCAUUUCUGUUUUUUCUUCUUAUAUAUAAUAAGUCAUUCUGAAGUGGAAGCUUCAUGCGGUUCGUAAUGUUAGGAUUUAUGUAUUAUUAGACUCUUUACAGUGAAAAAAAAAUCUGUUUUGAUGUAUGCAAUUAUAGUAUUAGGACAGAGUGUGAUAUUAUUUCCAAAAUGUUUUCACAGUGUUUCUUGCCUUGGCACAUAGGAAAGAAUAUAAUUACUUUAAGAACAAUUGGUUUCACUAUUUUAUAUAUAUUAAUUUUCCUGUCUAAUUCAGAAAAGACAAUGCCUUUGCUGUUUAUCUCUGCUAAUGUUAAGUUAACUUCAUGCCUGUAGUGUUUUUAAAAGUGUUUGGAAUUUUAACUUAAUGAUACAGUAAUAAAAACCUCUUAAUGACUUCUAAGUUGUAUUAAAUGCAAAUUUGGCAGCAGAACAAUCCCUUUCACCAUUAAUAUUAAUGCCUUAUGAGUUAAAUUAUCUGAAUAUUAGUUAAAUAAAAUUGCUUUUAUCGUUGUAGCUAUCAGAGGUGGAGUUAAAAUAACUAACAUUUCCUACUUUAUACAAGUUUUUUCUUGGUAAUGAAACCCUUAUUGACAUAGAAACAC